GAGAAGGAUGUUUCUGUCUCUUCCUGUGUUGACUGUCCUUAUUCCGUUGGUCUCGUUAGCAGGGCUGUUGUACUCGGCCUCUGUGGAAGAAAACUUCCCACAGGGCUGCACUAGCACAACCAGCCUGUGCUUUUACAGCCUGCUCUUGCCGAUCACCGUACCCGUUUAUGUGUUCUUCCACCUUUGGACCUGGAUGGGUAUUAAACUCUUCAGGCAUAAUUAAUACAACCAGAGCCAAGAUGGUAUAUCCUAAUGACAUGCUUGAGUGUCUGCCUCUGAAAGCUCAACUACAUGGAAAUACUGGACACCCACUUAAUGUGCAAGAAGGAUGCUUUGCCUAGCUUCUGUCAGAGGUUUAGGACUAGGGGAGGCUUAAGCUGCAGAGGCUUCUUUACUGUACUCUGGUUCUGCCCUUGUUGUUUGAAGGUUCUCAUUUAUACCUGAGGUAUCAGGAGAAACAUUUCAACAAAGUGUCUUGUUGGAAAUUAACAGCCCCAGCCAUCAUCUCAUGACUUUAUUUCUUAUCCCAUUCAGGAUUAAAAGUUACUAAUUUGAAAUCUUAUAUGCUUAUUUUACAUUCAGAGUCUGGUAAAGUCACAUGUUAAGGAUGACUGAAAUAAUUCCAGAGGCGCUCUGUUGGAGUAGCUGUAGAGAAAUGCAUUUGAACUAAUGUGGUAUAAAACUGUAAUAAAAUGGAAACUUCA